ACCUGACCUCAACCAACACCCUUCACAGCUCAGAGUCUCAGAACAUUCACCGACGGUAAAGACCGUUGGUGUGUUAUAAAAACUAAGAGCGCGAGCAACUCACUUUGUCGACUCAGUUCUGACUCGUCCGGAUCUCGAGCUUAGAAUCGGUUCAGGGUCGCGAUCCGGUGAAAUCAAAGGAAAAGCAAGGAGCAUAUCACAAUGAAGGCACUUAUUCUCGUUGGAGGGUUUGGGACAAGGCUGAGGCCAUUGACGCUCAGUGUCCCUAAGCCACUUGUUGAUUUUGCUAACAAACCGAUGAUCCUUCAUCAGAUUGAGGCUCUGAAGGCUAUUGGAGUCAGUGAAGUGGUUUUGGCUAUCAAUUAUCAACCAGAGGUGAUGUUGAACUUCUUGAAGGAUUUUGAAACAAAUCUUGGGAUCAAGAUCACUUGCUCACAAGAGACUGAACCGCUUGGCACGGCUGGUCCUCUGGCUCUUGCUAGGGACAAACUAAUAGAUGAUUCUGGUGAGCCCUUUUUUGUCCUCAACAGUGAUGUUAUCAGUGAAUACCCCCUCAAGGAAAUGAUUGCAUUUCACAAAGCUCAUGGAGGAGAAGCUUCCAUAAUGGUCACCAAGGUGGAUGAGCCAUCAAAAUAUGGUGUGGUGGUGAUGGAAGAAUCUACCGGGAAAGUUGAGAAAUUUGUAGAAAAACCAAAAUUAUUUGUUGGUAACAAAAUCAAUGCUGGAAUUUACCUGUUGAAUCCCUCAGUUCUGGAUAGAAUUGAACUGAGGCCCACCUCAAUUGAGAAAGAGGUCUUUCCAAAGAUUUCAUCAGAGAACAAGCUGUUUGCUAUGGUGCUACCGGGAUUUUGGAUGGACAUUGGACAACCUAGGGAUUACAUCACAGGGCUGAGACUCUACCUAGAGUCUUUGAGAAAGAACUCUCCAUCAAAGUUGGCCACUGGCCCCCACAUUGUGGGAAAUGUUAUAGUGGAUGAGUCUGCCAAAAUCGGCGAGGGAUGUCUGAUUGGGCCUGAUGUUGCAAUCGGUCCCGGUUGUGUUGUUGAGUCGGGAGUUAGACUCUCUCGCUGCACGGUUAUGCGGGGAGUACGUGUCAAGAAGCACGCUUGCAUUUCCAGCAGUAUCAUUGGAUGGCACUCAACUGUUGGACAAUGGGCCCGAGUCGAGAACAUGACCAUUCUUGGAGAGGAUGUACAUGUAUGUGAUGAAAUUUACAGUAAUGGUGGUGUGGUUUUGCCCCACAAGGAGAUCAAAUCCAGCAUUUUGAAGCCAGAGAUAGUUAUGUAGUCCUUUGUGUUCAGUAAGUUGUAAGUUAUUGCUUCUGAAAUGUGUUUGUUCCUUUCUCCCCCCCCCCCCCCCCCCCCCCCCCCCCCUUUCCCUUCUCCACAAUUUUUAAAAGUCAGUUAUUUUCAAGUUUGAGUGAUGUGAGUUAAAAAGUUGAAGGGUCAGCAACUUUUAUGAAGGGCAUAAAUUUGCACAUUUGUGUGACGUGUAAUCUUUAGUGUAUAUAUAGGAAUAAAUUAUUUGUUGGUUUAUCCAGCUUUGUGUAACUUAUCAAGAUGAAUAUUAUUUGUGACAUUUUUAAUCAGAUGAUCGGUACAAUGUAUUCUAUGAUAUGCUCUUGAA